AUCCUUCAAAACGUUGAGUUCGGAGGUGUUGUCGAAAUUGUUUCUUCUAAUAAUAUUAAAUCAGACAUCGAGAGUCAACACCUCCUACCAGUAAAUGACUCAAAUUUUCAGUUCUCUUUUGCUAACGAACAUAUUUCAGAUCAAUGUAAACAUUCAUCAUAUGCAUAUUGGUCAUGGAAAGAUUUAAGUAGUCAAUUAUCAUCACCAUUUUGUCCUACAAAUUUAAUUUCAUCGUCACAAAACUGGACCUAUGAUUAUCAAUCGUUAAAUGCUAAACUCGACUAUAUAAAAAGUAAUAAUUUAGCAGGAGUUGCGAUUGCAGACAUCACCAAAGAUUCGAAAGAUUUACAAUUGACAAACUUUAUUUUGGGAAUUCCACCAGAUAACCCUUCACAAUCUUCGCCCAAUACAGACAUAAUAGUGGGUAGUAAAAUAGGCUCCAUUGUUUUUGUUAGCGCAUUAGUAGCAGUUGGCAUCAUAUUGUAUCGAAGAAGACACGGAGCAAACUUGUCUAAUUUACUUAAAGAUACAAAUAAUCAGGCUUGCUCCGAUAUAAAUCCUCAGCUUUAUUCUGAUAUAAAUCGUCAG